UGAAGAGCCACCACAACCCAUUGUACACCACAACGAUGGUCGCAUCAACUGAGCAGAGAGUCCGCUCGGCGGCUCUCUCACGGGAUACGAAUGAGACGAAAAUCCAGCUUGCGAUCAAUUUGGACGGAGGAGAAUUCCCUUCGGACACGGAUAGCCAGCUUAUGAAUGGGGGAGAGGGCCAUGCUACGCAGGCUUCGAAAAGCCAGACUAUAGCUAUCAAUUCUGGUAUUGGAUUUCUGGAUCAUAUGUUGCAUGCACUGGCAAAGCAUGCGGGCUGGAGUUUGGCGCUCAAUUGCAAGGGAGAUCUCCACAUUGACGACCACCAUACCGCUGAAGAUGUGUGUAUUGCACUCGGUUCAGCAUUCAAAGAUGCUCUUGGCACACCUACAGGUCUGGCACGGUUCGGAUCCGCAUAUGCCCCUCUUGACGAAGCUCUGUCAAGGGCAGUGGUGGAUCUCUCGAACCGGCCAUUCAGCGUGAUAGACCUGGGAUUGAAGAGGGAGAAGAUUGGAGAUCUGAGCUGUGAGAUGAUACCGCAUUGUCUUCAGAGCUUUGCGCAGGCGGCGAGAAUUACAAUCCACGUUGACUGUAUAAGAGGUGACAAUGAUCAUCACAGAGCAGAAUCGGCUUUUAAGAGUCUGGCAGUGGCUAUCAGAGCUGCAACUACGAGAGUAGCUGGACGAGAGGGCGAGAUUCCAAGCACGAAAGGGACAUUGAGUACUUGAUUUUAGCUUUGAAUAAAAUACCCGUCUGUUUUAUCCCAAGCUGCUCCCAAAAUCUAGACUUUUUCCC